AUGUGCUGGGCAGACCUGCUUGUCCUUCUUCCUGCAGCCCCGUACCGACUGGCGGCUUUCCCCUUCGCGGCUCUCUUCCACCACCUCUGUGCUUUGGGACACCUCUCUCUGACUGCACGGUACAUAUUCCUCCUGACUGGAGGAUGUCUCCUUGCCGGCACAGCCAUGGGCAGGUACGCUGUGUUGCUCCUCAUCCCAGCCGCUGGCUCCGUGCUCACCCUUCUCUCUGUCAGCCCAGCUCGUGCCCACGUCUGGGUCUUCGCCCUCCAGAUGUCCUGGCAGACGGUGUGCCACCUGGGUCUGAGCAGCCAGGAGCUGGACCCACGGGAUGCCAGGCCAGCCAUUGCCCUCUCUGCCAUCAUGCUGCUCGCCCAGAAGGCUACGUCUCUGGCCCUGGACUACUGGUCCACUGGCAACCAGUCUACUGGACGCGGGACAGCAGUCCGCUGGCUGGCCUACUACUUGCACUGGGUGCUGGAUGAGGCCCUCCUUGAGGUGGCGGGCUUCGUGCCGGAGGCGGGUCAAGGAGACCUUUCUGUCCGUGACCUGUGGACGCUGGAAACAACGCACCGCAUGGCCGUCUUCGCCCGAACCUGGAACAAGAGCACGUCCCGCUGGCUGAGGAGACUCAUCUUCCAGCGCUGCCCGGCCCGGCCGCUCCUAGCCACCAGCCUGCGGCCCGGGCAGGUCUUUGGUUUCCUAUGCUGGGCUGUCAUGGUGGAGGCUGACUACCGUAUCCAUCCCUUCCUCAGCACCUGGGCCGCCUCCCAGGGUGUGAAGCUCCUCUACCGUGGCACAACCUGGGUCUUCACACAGCUCAUUGUUGCCUACAUCUUGGUGGCUGUGGAAACUGAGAGCUUCUCCGUGCUCUGCCUGCUCUGGACUUCGUGCAACAGCAUCCUUCCCCUCUCCUAUGGCCUCACGCUGCUGCUGCUUGCCAAGAAGCCGAAGCAGAACUGA